AUGACGACCGGCGUGUUCAAAUACAUCGACCCGGCUUCUUACGACCCCCACGCCACAGAGCCGUUCAAGAAGCCCUGGGGCAAGGUCGAUGGACCGGGUUCAUCGUACACCCUGAUCGACAAGACGCGCUCAGUUGACAACAUCCGGGGACGAGAGAGCGAGUUUUCAACCGACAACAGCGGGUUUGCCGUGUACAACAGCCCAAGCAAGGAAAACAACUUCAACGAUGCAUCCUGGGUGACCACAAACUACUACGCCCAGGUCGAGGAACUCCUGCGAGAAAAACUACCCGGCAUCAAGAAAGUAGUUCUCUUUGACCACACUAUUCGACGGCGAGAGAAAUCCUCUCCCCGCGCUCCGGUCCAACUAGUCCACGUCGACCAGACGCCAUGGGCCGCCGAGCAACGAGUGCGUCGCCAUUUACCAUCAGACGAAGUCGAUGAGCUAUUAAAAGGCCGAUACCAGAUCAUCAACGUCUGGCGCCCAAUCGACAACCCCGCAUCAGACUUCCCCCUGGCCGUAAUCGACUGGCGCAGCAUGGCCGAAUCGGACUUCGUCAAGGUGGACCUGCUAUACCCCAAGGACGCGACCACCGGGCCAGGCGGCGAGAAGCUGCAGGCACCUGACUCGUCCAGCUCAACAGAGGGCUACGAGGCCAAGGGCGAGACAUACUCAAUUGCCCCGAACGAGGGCCACCGCUUCUACUACCAGAAGGAUAUGACGCCGAAUGAGGCCAUGUUUAUCAAGUGCUUUGACUCGAGGAGCCAGACUAUGACGGGGACUACGGGAAUUGCGCAUGGGGCUGGACAUACGGCAUUUUUCGAUCCCCAGACGCCGGAGGAUGCGCCGCCGAGACAGAGUAUUGAAGUUAGGUGUUUGGUGUUUUAUGAGUAG